UAGUGAAGUUGUCUAACUUUCCUCCACUGAAAAAGGCUCCCUGAGUUGAAUUCUGUGCUUGGUUAAUUAAAACUCUUCUUCUAUUUUUGUUUUUGCAAAAGUAAGAGUUUGUUAAUAAAAUUAGUGUGAAAAAUAUAUACAAAUAGAACACUUCAGAGAAAAAAGAAAUCAAAGCAAAAAAAGGAAAAGAUGCUGAAAUAUUUGUUGUUCUGCACUUUGAUUGCACCCCUAGUUUGGGGUACACCGCUGCCUGUGGCACAAAGCGAUAUUUCCUCGCACAUUGUCAUCGUUACACCACAGGCUCAAGUUCAUCUGGAGCCAGCUAUUAAAUAUGAUACCGCAGCUUUCAUCCACCACCUCUCGCCAUUAGCUCGUAUCACCGCACCGCAUGAAGAGACAAUUGUCUAUGUUCCCGCUAGUGCUGGCGCUCCGAUCAUUCCCGUUGAAAACGUUGGCUUGGGCCGCGCCAGUGCUAACGAACAGCCACAGAAGUUGGAGACCAAGCAAUGGGAUCAGAUUUCACAGCAAAUUCAGCAAGCAGUGCAAACCGGAUCAGCACAGUUAGGUCCUCAACUAAGUGAAGCAGCGUCAGCAGCCUCUAGUGCUGCUGCAGCCGCUGGUCAAGGCCUAUUUCCCGCUCUAUUCCCACCAGCUGGGCCUGGCUCUGGCGUUAGCUCAGCAACUAGCGCUGCUAGCAAGGACGACAAACCGAGAAUCACCUACGAACUUCCUGCCAAUACCGAAGCCUUGCUACCCAACAGCGCACGCAUCUAUGCGCUAACACCGGCCGUAUCACAUGUCGUCGAUUUCGUCCACUCGCCCAUAUUCGUUGGCCCAAUCUCGGCAAUACGAGCACGCAGUAUUCUAUCAGACGACGCUCAGGCACCACUGAAGGCUGUUCCAUUAUUGGAAGUUACUGAAGAAUUGCCAUUGAAAGAUAUCACUAAAGACUUGCAAGAAGCUAAACAAACACAAUCGAAGCAAGAACUUAACAAUAAGCCGGACUAUGGCAGGUUCUUGGGGGCGAAUACAUUGAAAGACCCAGAAAAGAAGCCAUUGGAUGAAAGUGAGGUGAAGAAAGAAAAGUUUUCGGAGGAUCAGUAUUUGGAUACCAGCAACAAGUUGUCUGAGCCUUUAAAGGAAGGACUUCUUCAAGUAGCUUUACCAGAACAACCUGCGAAACUUAAGAUCGCAUCCUCUACCGAUAUAAAUGUAGGAGUUCAAGAAGCAGCCUCUAAAGGUGUCAUCCGUGAACCGCAGCCUCAAUCUAAGGUUGCUUAAAUGAUUGACUGGAAUCAAACGCUCAAAUUUAAAUUUAUGUGUACACAGUACAUCACUGUCUGUGGGAUACGUUGGUAACUAUAGCUGAGAGACAGAUGAAUUCAUCAUAGUGCUCUAACUAACACAAUAAUAUUCCUAUUUCACCAUACUAACACACACAUACACUUGAUACACUUGAUCAUUGAAUAUGUAAACAAGUAAACAUUCGAACAAAAAGGAAAGUACAAUCAUCGUCACCGUAAGUUCAUCAUCAUUUAUAUCCAUAAACAAUAACAGAACAAUAAAAAUGCAACAAAAAAACA